CUAUUAAAGCCCGGCCUUCCUGUUCCUUCCUCUUCUUGGCAGAAGUUUUAUAAAGCUCUCCCCCGAGUCACCUCCUUUGUGCAGCCCGUGCCUACUUACUGUACUAAGGUAAGUUUCAGGCUGCAGGACAGACAGCUACACCUCAUCCGCCGUGCAGGAUGAAGUCCUGGACGAGUAUUUUGCUGGCAGCCCUCGUCGCUGUGUCUGUGAAUGCCUCCAUUGACCCCGACCUGGAUAAUCACUGGAAAUUAUGGAAGAUUACAUAUAACAAGCAAUAUGAGCAUGAGAGAGAAGAUCUCACGAGGCGACUGAUAUGGGAAAAGAAUUUAAAGUUCGUCACACUACAUAACCUGGAACAUGAGCUGGGGGUCCAUUCGUACACUGUGGGCAUGAACCAUCUCGCUGACCUGACCAGUGAGGAGGUAGAAGCCCAGCUAACCGGUUUAGUACUACCUCCUCGGAAUGACAGGAAGAACUAUCUCACUAACACGUGGAACCGUACCAAGACCGUCGACCUGCCGGACUCUGUAGAUUGGAGGGAAAAAGGAUGUGUCACAGAAGUUAAAAACCAGGGUUCCUGUGGCUCCUGCUGGGCAUUCAGUGCCGUCGGUGCCUUGGAGGGCCAGAUGAAGUUGAAGACCGGAAAUCUGGUUUCCCUCAGUCCUCAGAAUCUUGUAGACUGCUCCACUAAGUACGGAAAUAAAGGAUGUAAUGGUGGUUUUAUGACCCAAGCUUUUCAGUACGUGAUAGACAACAAUGGUAUAGAUUCCGACGCUUCGUACCCUUAUCAUGCCACGGAUGGACAAUGCCAUUAUAACCCAUCGACCCGAGCAGCCUCGUGUGUGAAGUACACAAUGGUGGAACCAGGAACUGAAGAAAAUUUGCAGAAAGUCAUAGCCAGCGUUGGUCCAGUGUCUGUGGCAAUUGAUGCCAGGCAUCCGGCAUUCUAUCUAUAUAAAAAUGGUGUCUAUGAUGACCCGACCUGCACUCAAGAUGUCAACCAUGGAGUUCUUGCUGUGGGAUACGGAAGCCUAAACGGGAAAAACUACUGGAUUAUAAAGAACAGCUGGGGGCAGGGCUACGGAGCAAACGGCUAUAUCCUCAUGGCAAGGAACCGGGGGAAUAUGUGUGGCAUCGCAAGUUAUCCCUCCUACCCCGAAAUGUGAGCCACUUGAUGUCACCAGUGAGGUGCAGAGGCUCUAUGGGUGUUGGCUACCUGGACCACCCUCCAGGGAAAUACAUGAAAAAAGAUUUGGAUCUUAUACAAUGGUUGCUCAUAGUGAUGAUACAUGUGAUCCUUCACCGAUCUAACGUCACUGUGUGCAGUGUCCAUAGUGAAUGCUUUCAACAAACGAAUCACAAAUUCUGCUGCGUUUUUAAGCCCCGCCCUGAACUGCUUAGAAAUCUCCUUUUAUGCAAAUCGGCAUCAGCUCCGCCUCUUUGUGCAUCAGUUUACCGCACUGUUGCAAAGUAUGAUACUGAACACUGAUAAUUUCAGGUCCUUAGAAGAACAAUUUCGCCUUCUAUCCAAAUAGUGAAAAAAUAUAUAUACAAAAAAUUACUCAAUUUUUGGCGCCAUGAAAAAAAGUGAAUGUAGGACUACGGACUGGGAGAAUCGUGUUUUACCAGUUUGAUCAAUCAUUAUACCAGUUUAUAUUGUAUGUUGUGUCAUAAAAAAAAAGCAUGGGUAUGUCCACGUGCAUCAAAAGUAGAAAAAUUUGACAUUUUUUAAAACUGUUUUGAUUAAAAAUCUUCCCACCGUGUUGGGUAUACAGCUCCUAUGCACAGUCAUGCCUCUCAAUGGUUAUUUGUAGUAACCAUGGAAAAGAAUAGGGUCUUCAUUGGAGCUGUAAAAAACUUAUAAUUGUUUGUUUUUUUAUUAAAAGGCAGGAUCAACCCUAUUAGGCCAGGUAUGCUGCCUGGUAGGGUUGACUCUGAUGAUUAAAAUAAUAGCUGCCUUGUGAAAAUCGGUUGUGGUGUUCCUGAGAAAAAAGAGACUUAUUCCUGAUGCAAAUCAGUGUUCCAGCGCAUCCAGGGGCGGGGCCAGCACUGGAAGCCUUAAGCCCUGCCCCUCGGAGAACCGGAGCCCUAAUUAGCAUAUAGAAUAAAAGUCUUUUUUUCUCAGGAACGCCACAACCAAUUUUCACAAGACAGGUAUCAUUUUAAUCAGCAGGGUCAACCCUACCAGGUAGUAUACCUAGCUUAAUAGGGUUAAUCCAGCUGAAAGCUAUUUUCAAAGUUUUAUUUUUUACAUUUUAGAUGCAUUGGACCAAGGAAAAAUGGUGGACAUAACCUUUAAAGACCAUUUACUUCAUAAAAUCACCUUGAGUCGUCUUAGUCUUUGAUUAUUUCUUCUUCUGGGAAAACUGGGUGACAACCAAUCUGGCCACCACUUUUGGUGACCAAAUUGGUCAUCACCCAAUGUGGCCACCGUUGUUGGCUCUAGAGGGGAGGACAACCAACUUUCUCAGACUCCUGAAUGGUAGAUCCUGUCUAGUUAUGUAGCAAGUUCCUCAGGGCGCUAGAAAAACUAGGUGACAACCUACUGGAUAGCUGCAAUGGUGUCAAUAUUGGUUGUCAGACAGUUUUUACAAGAGACUGAUAACAGAGAGGUUUGGUGGAAAUUGACUUCUACCUUAAAAUCAUCAAAGGAUUCAACCCUAACACAGGCAGUAGAGGGCCUCAUGUAUCACAACAGUCCAUCAACCAAUCAGAGAGCAUUUAACAAGAUGAAAGCUGGUCUCUGAUUGGUUGAGGCCUCUAUAAAAGCUGAUGGCAGCUCCCCUCAUGUGUAAUAUAAAAGCCCGGGCGCCAUGCCUGAAGAUACUGAAGCAUUAUACCUGCCAUGUCCACGGAUUGGACCACAGGCCACAAGAUUUGGGUUUAAUCUACAGUACCAAUUAAAAAAAUCACUUUGCUGUCGAUUAGAACGAUGUGCAAUCCUAUAUGUUCAUUUCAGAUUUUUACGUCACCCUAUAAUGUAAUUUAAAGCUGUUUUAAUAAAACAUAUCACUUGUG